CCUCACAAGGGGGCACAAUCUCAGCAAGAAUCCUUGGACCAUUUCUUUCCCAACAACCGCCAGCCUGAGACGGCUCCUUUGGUAGUUCACACACAUCACGACUUCCAGCCUGCUCUGCAUCUUAUAGCCCUGAAUGGUCCCCAGAGUGGCAGCAUGCGAGGCAUCCGAGGAGCUGAUUUCCAGUGUUUCCAGCAAGCUCGGCAGGUUGGACUAUCUGGCACUUUCCGAGCAUUCCUGUCCUCUCGGCUGCAAGAUCUCUACACCAUAGUGCGCAGAGCAGACAGGAGUACGGUGCCAAUUGUCAAUCUCAGGGAUGAAGUGUUGUUUAAUAACUGGGAGGGCCUAUUCUCGGGUGCUGAAGCUCCAUUCAGAACUGGGGUUCGCAUCCUCUCCUUUGAUGGAAGGGAUGUCCUGAGAGACUCUGCAUGGCCUCAGAAGUAUGUGUGGCAUGGCUCCGAUUCCAAGGGACGGCGACUAACAGAGAGCUACUGUGAGACAUGGCGGACAGAUGACACCGUGGUGACUGGCCAGGCUUCCUCGCUGGCAUCAGGCAAGCUGCUCGAACAGAAGAGCAACAGCUGCAGAAACGCCUUUGUCAUCCUAUGCAUCGAAAACAGCUUCAUGACUUCCAAGAAAUAGAACCCCUGAAUGUGCUGAUUGCAAGUGGAGGCCGGGAGUCCAAAUGUUCCCCCUUCUGCAAUGGGGAGCAGGCAGGGGAUUCCUCCCCCUCCACCGUCAAUCAGGACAAUGCGUCCAGCCAGUUUCAUAAUAUAGCAACCAAGCAGAUAAAUGAACAAGAAAGCCAAAGAGCGUCUGCAUAUGAUUUCCAGCACAGAUGGAUGCUGUUGUUU